AAAUCGUAAAGCGAGGACUCCUUGAGCGUGGACGACCGUUCGCGCAGUUUAAAAGCAGCGGCCAUUAGUCGCCUGCGUUGCAUCAAACUCUCAUCCCACAUGCGACUUCCUGCUGCUAUGCGAUACUUCCUGCUGCUGGCCUCCCUCGUGCUUAUCGUAAGCGCGAGCGACGAGUGCAUCCCCCGUGAUUUUGGAAAUGACGGAACGGUUUGCGUGUGCAAUUCUACCUAUUGCGACGUUACGCCAGAGCCAUCAUUGCCGAAAGAAGGAAGCUACCUGCAUUACGUCUCGAGCAAACGUGGUCAGCGAUUCAAUCAAACCACCGGAGAGUUCAGCAAUGAACCAACCAGUGAGCUCAAUUUCAAUCUAAACAGAAGUCUAACCUACCAAUCAAUCACCGGAUUCGGUGGCGCAUUUAGCGACUCUGCUGGAAUAAAUAUUAAAAACUUGAGCCAAGCCGCCCAGAACAAUUUGAUGGAGGCCUACUUCGGCGUCAAUGGAAGCAGAUACAAUUUCGGCCGAAUACCGAUCGGUGGCUCCGACUUUUCCACCCGCAAAUACACCUACGACGAUUCUCCAGACGACAUCAGUCUCGCGCAGUUCGCGCUGGCCGACGAAGAUCUGCAGUACAAAAUACCCUUAAUGCAAAAAGCCUUGGAACUAAAUCCCGAUUUAAAAUUCUUGGCUGCCCCCUGGACGGCACCGCCAUGGAUGAAAACUAAUAACGAUUAUAACGGGAUCGGAUUUCUCAAGAAGGAGUAUUAUCAAUUAUAUACGGAUUAUUUGAUCAAGUUCAUGGAUGCGUACAAGGACUACGGUUUGGAAAUGUGGUCACUUUCUACGGGAAACGAGCCGUUCAAUGGGUUGAUACCAAUCAUUUCAAUAAACAGUAUGGGAUGGACGCCAUCUUCUUUAUCCAACUGGAUAUCAAACAAUUUAGGACCUACGUUGCGCGCCUCGCCGUACAACGCUACCAAGAUCUUGACUCUGGACGACCAGCAAUUCGAGUUACCUUGGUUUAUUGCCAAACUCUUCAAAGACCCAAAGACCAAAAAUUACACGGACGGCGUUGCUUUCCAUUGGUAUUGGGACAAUUUGAUCGGGUCGUCGGUUCUCGAUGCGACACACGAUGAAUUUCCUGAUAAAUUUCUCAUUAUGACAGAAGCCUGUGCCGGAGCUUACCCCACGGACGUCGAGAAGGUUAUGCUAGGAUCCUGGACGCGGGGAGAGUCUUACAUCUUGGACAUAAUCGAGAACCUCUCCCAUUGGACAACUGGCUGGAUUGAGUGGAAUCUUGCACUUAAUGAGAAAGGAGGUCCGAGUUGGACUACAAAUUUUGUCGAUUCAUCGAUUAUAGUUAAUGCCGAAAACGAUGAAUUUUACAAACAACCUACAUACUACGCACUUGCCCACUUCAGCAAAUUCAUACCCCGCAAUUCCGUUAGGAUUGACCUUCCGUCGAGCAGCGACAUCAAGUCCGUAGCUUUUAUCACUCCAACAAAUGAUACGGUCAUUGUGCUUUACAACAAGAACGGGACUGCACAAGAUCUAUCAAUAAAAGAUCCCAACAGAGGUUAUAUAAACGUAAAACUACCAGGAAGCUCUAUUCACACGAUCAUCUACAAGUAAAUAGAUGACGGGAAACGCAAUUGGAAAGACACACGGAUAUGACGUCAAAUAAAAAUAUACUUUCUUUUCUCAAACUGUAUAUAAUACCAAAGAUAUGGUUUCUAUAAUACAUUGUGUAUCUGAUUAA